UGACUCUCUCUAAUUUAAAUUCCCUCUCCCUUCUCUCUAAAAACUCUAUUAUCUUUUCUUCAGGGCUGCCGCCGACACCUCUAGGUGUUCGGUGGUGGCCCAAUCCUCCAUUUUCGUUUUCGUUCAUGCUUUAUUUCAAGUUUUCUUGUGGGUUCUAUCCCUCCUUUCCUUUCAAGCCUUUCAAGCCCUUUGUGGCCUUUUCUGGUUCCCUUUGUGGGUUCUUUCCUCAAUCCUCUUCUAUGGAGAUGGAUUUGUUUUGUUGGUGAUCUAGUUGUUCUAGAUCUGGGCUUGCUCAGGAAUCUGGAUUAUGCAGAUUGGGUGCCACUACCAGAUCUACAAUGGUGGCCUUCCUCUAAUUUGGUGGUUUCAUCGCUUCUUGUGAAUCCAUCCACCGUCUUCCCCUCUGUCCUUCCUCGGCGGUUCGGAUCUGUCUUGCAGGUGCUCGACGGAUUGUGGGUGACAGUGUCUUUUCCAGUUGUCGCGGGGCUGCGCUGCUGUUCCUCGGAAUCUUGUGGUCUUCUGCUCUCCUUGGUCGCGGUCUUCUCUGCCUCAGUUUCCUAUGCCUUUCAUCUUGGAGCAGCUCGAUUCACAGCCCUUUCCACCACCAUGUAAUCUUGGUUUCGAGAUUCACUGUGAUGGGUCGUCUUUGAGCGGCUCCCAGGAGGCGGCAGAUGGCGUUGCUGAGUUCAAUCGUCAUGGUCUUGGUUGUGUUGGACGAGCUGAUUAUGUGCCUUUUUGUACUCUGAUUGUUUUGGAAACAAGAAGACUUUCUGGGUGUGUUGUGUUCUUUUUUAGUGUUUGCUCCCCUGUUGGAUUAUUUCACUUUGUGCUAUGCUCUUUGAUGUUUACCUAUCAAGCAUGAUUGGAUUCAAUCUGUUGCUUUGGGGUGGCUCCUCUGUUUUGGAUCCAACUAUCUCUGUUUGCUCCUCUUGUAACCGAUUUUUCAGAGUAAAUGCAAGUAUAUCCCUUCGUAAAAAAAAAAACUUCCUCGAAUAGAUCAAAUGGAUUGUCAACAAAAAAAAAAAAAAAAAAUCAUCAAAUGGAUGUUUUCAUAUUCAUACAUUUUUAUAGUUUUAAUUAACCGACUUCUCUUUGACUAUUUUGUAUAGUUUUCGUAUUGAUUGUUUUGUAUUAAAUUAUAGGUGUGCAACAUAAAGUAACUUAGCUCGAAAGACACCAUGAAGUUUAAUGCAUGUUUUUUUUUGGGUCUUUUUCCACUCUUUUCUUUUCCCUCGACAUUUUACUUCUUGGAAUGUUUGUGCAUCCACUAUUUCUGGAACUCGCAUGUAACUAGACAUGCGAUUGCCUAAACAUUUUUCGCAUUGGAUUCAUAGGUGUUGAUAUAUUUCCGUAGCUAUUGAUUCUAGUGACGUAUAAUUCUUAACACGUGCGGCGACGCCUUUCGAAACAAUUGCCGAGUUUGCCGCCACGAAUGGAUUUCUGUUGCCGCAGGAGCGGGGCUAGAAGCAAAUCGGUUUGAUGUCUUUUCUUCUUCCGCCGCGGCAUCGCUCCUUCUUUACAUGGCUGCUGGAUUGCACGCGGGAGAGAAGCCUCGCGAGGGGAAGAGCCGUUCACGCCCAGGUCGUCAAGAACGGCUCCUCAGAUUCCUGCGUCUACCUCGCCAACAGUCUAGUCAAUUUCUAUUCCAAGUGCGGCCAUCUAGCGAAAGCCCACCUCGUGUUCGACGAAAUUCCUCACAGAGACGUGGUGUCGUGGAAUUCCCUCAUCAGUGCCUACUCUCAGAUGGGUUCCUCUGGGGCUAGUUCGGUCAUGGAGCUCUUUCAUCGCAUGAGGUGGGAGGACACUUGUUUCCCGGAUACUCGUACUUUCGCAGGCCUUUUCACCGCUGCUUCGAACUCCUCGGAAGGGGUUUUCCUUGGAAAGCAAGCACAGGCGCUCGCUGUGCAAACGGCAAUCAUCGAAGACGUCUUCGUGGGGAGCUCACUGCUGAACAUGUACUGUAAAGCGGGUCUUGUCUCAGAAGCACGUAAAGUGUUCGACGGAAUGCCCGAGAGAAACGCUGUUUCUUGGGCUACCAUGGUUUCUGGGUACGCAAGCGAACGUCUGGUCGAGCAGAGUUUGGAAAUUUUCGAAUCUAUGCGGAGGGAAGCACCGCAGUUGAAUGAGUUUGUCUUUACUAGUCUAGUUAGCGCUUUCUCUGCUCCAGAAUGGCUUGACAAUGGCAAGACUCUGCAUUCUAUUGCGGCAAAGAAUGGACUCUUGGCCUUUGUUUCAGUCUCGAAUGCCAUCGUCACAAUGUACGCCAAAUGUGGGAGCUUGGAGGGUUCAUUGCAAAUGUUUGAGUCCUUAAACGAUAAGGACUCCAUCACUUGGUCCGCAAUGAUCACUGGCUUUACCCAAAAUGGGGGAUUUCAGAAUGCUCUGAACCUUUUCUCAAAGAUGCAUUCCGCUGAUAUUCCUCCAACGGAACAUACCCUCGCUGGAGUUAUCAAUUCCUGCAGCGAUUUGGCUGCUGUUGUUGAUGGCAAGCAACUGCAUAGCUACUCGUUGAAGCUAGGACUGGAAACCCAAAUCUUCAUACUCACAGCUCUGGUAGACAUGUACGCCAAAUGUGGCCUUCUGGAAGAUGCAAGAAAAGGGUUCAAUCUCCUGCCAAACCCCGACAUCAUCCUCUGGACUUCCAUGAUAUCCGGCUACGUGCAAAACGGCAAGGACGAAGAGGCUUUCACCUUGUACUGCAAAAUGCAGACAUUAGGAGUCUUCCCUAACGAGCUAACCAUGGCUAGUGUUCUAAAAGCUUGCUCGAGCCUCGCUGCUUUGGAACAAGGAAAGCAAAUCCAUGGCUGCAUUGUUAAGUACGGGUUCAAGUUCGAACCCCCCAUCGGAAGCUCUCUCUCCACUAUGUACUCCAAAUGUGGCUCUAUUCGCGACGCAGGCAUAGUGUUCAAGCGAAUGACAGAAAGAGAUGUGCUGUCGUGGAACGCAAUGAUGUCAGGACUCUCCCACAACGGCCAAGGAAACCAAGCUCUCGAACUCUUCCAAGAAAUGCUACUCGAGGGGCUCACAAAGCCAGACGAUGUCACGUUCGUCAACAUUCUCUCGGCUUGCAGCCACAUGGGUUUGGUAGAAGAAGCUUGGCAACACUUCAACACAAUGGUCAACGAAUUCGCCAUGGUUCCUACCUUAGACCACUACGCAUGCAUGGUUGAUGUCCUGAGCAGGGCAGGAUUGUUGAGGGAAGCGACAGAGUUCAUCGAAUCAGUCCCCAUAGAUCACGGCCUGUGCCUAUGGCGGAUUCUACUGAGCGCGUGUCGAAACUACCGCAGCUACGAGCUGGGAGCGUAUGCUGGCGAGAAGCUGAUCGAGUUGGGAUCAAUGGAGUCGUCUGCUUAUGUGAUAUUGUCGAGCAUCUAUAAUGCUCUGGGGAGGCGGCGAGAUGUGGAGAGGGUGAGGGGUGUGAUGAAGACUCGUGGCGCCACUAAGGAUCCUGGGUGUAGCUGGAUUGAGCUGAAGGGGGUUGUUCAUGUGUUCGUGGUGAGGGAUGGGAUGCAUCCAUGGGUUGAUGAAAUCCGAGAUGGAAUUCGUCGAUUGUUGAAGCAUAUGGAAGAUGAUGAAGGCUAUCAUCCUGCAUUCGAUUUAGUACUUGAUCAAGUUGGUUAAGGAUUCUUCAAUCCUACUACCAGUUCUUCCCCACCUUGGCUCUGUUAGGUGAAAAUGAAAUUGCUAACCAAAUCCAGUAUUUGUAUUUAUCAAGUAGUCAUUUGUGUCUAUUAACAUUUUCGAUUGGGUUUAAUCCUUACUGGAAUCCUACUGCCACAAAAGCAAGAUGGGCCUCUUGGAGUUUGCUUUCUGUUUGUUGUUUGGUGGCUGGAUUGGUGAACUCCAGUUUGACAAGAUCAUUCCAGGGGCAAGAAUUUAAGAUAAGGCCUUAGUACCUACCAUUGGUCCAUGUCCGGGUGGUCUGCCUUUGAAAAGGCAUCCCCAGCCAACCAGCUCCACGAACUAAAACUGAGACUACGGCUGACAAGACUGCUAACUAUCAUGACCAUGCUUCGGUCAGUUUGCCUUCCAUGCUGAGAUCUUCCUCUUUUGUGAUUCACUUUAAGUUGUCUUUGAUUGUAUUUUGCCUGUUUGGUAGGCAAUUGCCUGCUAGGAUUGCAAUUGCACAAACCAUCACCGAAGACAGUGUUUGGUUGAUUUGUUCAGGUUAAUUUUCUGUCUUAUUUCCAUUGUUAUUUCUUUGGCUCUUCUAUUUUUGUUACUUAGAUUAUCUCUAAGCUUGCAUUGCCCGGCAAGUGCAUUAUACUAUUUAUAUCGUCAAAUUCAACUAACUUUUGAUUUGGGGUUAAUUCAAUCGGCAACAGCUCAAGGUCAAGGACACAUGGAAAAAGGGUUCUUUUGAUGAUGAAUGAUGGUGAUGGAAAUUGACUAUAUAUGACAGGGAGUAGGCAAAUAAAAAAAAUACAGAUCUGACCUGAGCAAAAAUGGAGCUCUGGGACUGAACGGUUUCCGGAAUGUCUGAAAGUGCCCAUGAUUCAAUCUGUUCCAGGUAAAGAUUUCUAAAUUUGGAGAGUAAACUGCGUUCAAUUCAGUUUUAGAUAUCUUAAUUUUGCUCAUCAUACCAGCAGCUCUCAAUUUUGGAGAGUUCCUGCUUUCUUUACCAAGCUCAGAAGUUCAAUUAUGCUCUCUCUUCAUUGGGUUAUCAGUUAGUGUUCUUUUCAUUUGGGAACCUUUCAGUUGAAGCUAGGGCUCUUUUAUUAAAGAUUGAACAUUUUUGUUUGUAAUGAAAUGAAAAUUACAAUUGAUUUUGAUUUGAUUACGAAUACAUGCUUUGCAAUUAAGUCAUUCGUUGGGAUUCCCCAAUAAUUGCUUUUCUUGGUUGUUUAGUUGGUUUAAAAAUGAAAAUUGAAAACAAUAUAAGAGGGUGCUUAAUGCUUUUGUUGCCGAGUCAUCUCGAUGGUUGCUUGCAGGAAGCAAGCAGCCAACUUUGUUAUGUUUUGUCAUUAUUCUAAACUGCUCUACUGCUAAGACACCAGCUAGAAGCUUGCAUUAUCAAUGAAUUGUUCAUUUCACCUAUAUCUUUUGCUUUUGUGAAGCUGGCUUUUGAAAUGCGCAGCGACUGCAAAACUUGGCAGUAUUAAAACAAUUUGUAGAAUCGCACUUGGUUUAGUGUUCAUUGGGCCUAAAAAAUGCAAAGAAUAGAUAGAUCUUUGGUAGUAUGCUUUUCUCUUGCUGCAAUUUGUGUUGAGUUGCAGACUUUGUUUUUCCUUUUGUAAUCUCCUUUUAAAAUUAAUAAAGUGGUUCACCAUUAUAAAAAAAAUGAUCGAGAAGGAUGGGUACAUACUUACAUAAACAAAGGAUGAAUCCACACCAAGCUGGAAUGAACAAUUAUUAAGGAUUAAGAGUUUGUUUCUUGUGCGAUGAGUUUGUUGUGAGCUGUUUGAAACUCUUUAGAAGACUAUAAUUGCAGUUUACUUUGUGAUGAUGCAUGAAGUUAGGGGAUUUAUGCAGGCUUUAAUUAGUGUAAUUUGAGAAGCAAGUGUUUUCAUGCCAGUUACUUUUCAUGGGAUGCUACCAGUUCAUUUUUUUUCUACAAACAUAUUUUAGCAUGUUUUAGGAACCUUUGGCAGGCAAACUUCCUCGGUGAUUUUUAUAGAAUUUUAUGCUGGUCUUUGUUUAGGUUCUAGAAUCCUAUGAUUAUACAAUCUUGCCUUCAAUGAGUGUCUCUUGCAAUGUCAUUUUUUACUACUUGGUUCUUUUAGUUCAUUUGUAGCAUUAUUUGAGUUGUGCUCUUUGUCUUUUUUUUGUUUUGUUUAUUUCAUGCCUUUCUUCAGUGGUAUAGAAUCUAUAGUUUCGUUGUCACUUUUUUCAUUCCUCUGUUUGUAGUGUCCUUUCCAUCAACCUGUUGUUGGCUUCUGAUGGCAUUGCGCAGCUGUUUCUAUUCGAUUUGGUAUCCUCUAUUACAGAUUCAAUCGAGUUCAUGAUAAUGGACUCACUUACUAGCUGUACAUGCAGGAGAAAGAUGCAGUAGCAUUCCAAGGUAACGGUAAUGGGAAGAGGUUGCUUCAGAAGGAUUUCUCAUUCAUCUCAGAAUGCAUCCAUAUGUUGGUGCUGCUGAAACUGUUCCUUUUGUUUCCUUAUAAUUAGUCUGGAUUAGUUACAUGGGUUUAUUUCUGUUCCAAAUAUGACAUUUUCAUGACUGCAAGAAUGUCCAUAGGAAUGAUGGUGGACUUUAUUGGAGGCGCUUGCCAAUAAGAGGAACAAAUCCAAAGAAACAACCAAGGUUUGUUCUACUCUUCUUGCUUUUGCACGAGUAGGGAGACCCAUUGCUUUAAAAUAACCACCAUUGGCAAUGCACCAUUGAUUAGUUUUUGAAUCCUACUUACGGUCAACUUUAGUUUUCUAUUAACCUUCCUGUCGUUUCCUCCAAAUACUAUUUCUAUUAACCUUCCUGUCGUUUCCUCCAAAUACUAUGGCCGCUUUUCUACUACUAAGCAUUGAUUUCCUGACAAUAUCAUUCUAACUUCAUUACCUUUGUUGCCUUCUUGGAGUGUACCACGUCACAUAACAUAUAUGUACUCUUUAAACACUCGCUUUACUUUUUUGUUGUUUGACCAUAUUGAUCUUCCCAUCAGUUCACUGUUUUUCUUUGUUCUGUGAUGCGGUUUUUAAUUGGUAUCAAUUUUUAUAUUAGUGCCUUUGCUAUUCUUCUUCGUCAUUUGGUUUUGAUUUGAGAUGGAUGCUUGCUAAUUUAUGGUACAGAGGAGCAUCCAAGAGUAUAUGAGAUGUCUGCGGUAGAGUUUGCUUGAACCUAAUUUGUCAUCGGGUGUUUGAUUCUCUUCCUCUGAAACCGUUUUGUUUUAUUUUUGUACCAUUGCUUUCAGGCUCAUCUGCUCAUCCUCAUCCUUCCACAGCCUACGUAAUAUCUUAGCCUUCUUUUCCCACCUUUUGAUUCCAACAAUAAAAUUGGUUUUGUUACUCGGCAAUUCUUUCCAGGUUCUGGUGAAUCAUUGUUCCAUCUAUAAUGACCCCUUGAAGGUGGAUGAAGAGCAAGGCAACAAUGGGGAGAUGAAUGGGAAGCUCAAAAAUACACAAAUCAUGCAUCAUUUAGCCUUCUGAAAAGUUGGUGAUUUGUUAACAACUUCAUUUCUAUUUUUUCGUACCUUAAAUGGUGCUUUUGGAACGAAACAAAUUUAUGACAUGAUUGCAAUGUUUGGCAGCUGACUUUUAUGCACAAUCAAGUAACUGUUGAACUAUGAUCGGAUAUUGGUUGAGGUAGGAAGGUUAGAUUUUUUAGAUCCCUUGCAGCAGAUUAUUUUUCCGGUUAUGAUUGCUUCAGAUUUUCACUUAUUUACUGAUUCCUUAAUGAUAUACUGGAAAUCAUUGCUAAUCCACUGAGUCAUGCCUCUAUUUCUCUAUGUUAAUUGGUUGUAUACAUUUCUCUGUUUAUGUUUAAGGAACUGGUGACGUGAAAACAGAGAUACUACAGAAUUUCCAAUGAAGAAGGAACUGCUGAUGUGAAAAAUGGAGAUACCUCAGAAGUUGGCAAAUAAGAAGGAACUGCUGAUGUGAGCAAGGGCGAGUAAGUUUAGACGGAUGUUAUAGUAGUGUCUUUAUUUUUUAUGUCUUCCAAAGAUCACUAAUUUAUUGAAAGCUUUCACUUAUUUCUUGAGUUGGUUCAUUUCUACAACUACAAGGAUUUCGAUGAUAAUGCCUGGGUAGGUUUUGGUUAAAUAUGGAGGGUAAGCAUUACUUGCCUGUUGCUUUGGCAACUUAGUCAAUUUGUUGUGUUUAUGCUCAUGUCUCUGGAGCUCUAGCUAGGGCUGUGUUUGUUUGGUGGUCUAAGUUAUAGAAAAUGCCUCAAAAUUUUUCUUGCAAAGAUUCAAUACACCCUGUUUAGGGGA